AUGGCCCGGCGGCAGCCAUCAGUGACGUUUAUCCUAGGCAGAAGCAUCUUUGAGAACAUAAGCCUCACUCAGGAGAUGAUCCAUAGUAUCAAUAAACCAGCUCGAGGUGGAAAUGUGGUGUUAAAAUUAGAUAUGGCUAAGGCAUACGAUAGUGUUGGUUGGAAUUUGUUACAUCACGUUUUAUCUGCUUUUGGUUGUUUUGAACAUAUAUGUCAUCUUCAAACAAUGUAUUUCUUCGCCAUGAUUCUUAGUGGUAAUGAGUGGAACUCCAAAAGCAAAGCAUCAGUAAGAGCCAUUGCUAGAACGUUGGAGAUAUAUGAAACAUGGUUUGGCCAGAAGGUGAAUAAAGACAAGUCCUCUAUCAUAUUUUCAAAGCAUAUCACGGCUGCUAGAAAAAGAUCCCUGCUUCGUAUUACCGGUUUCUAUGAGGAAACCCUUCCUUUUAAAUAUGUGGGUGUUCCAAUUAUUUGUGGAAGACUAAAAUUGGUUCACUUGGAUGAAGUAGUUGGAAAGAUUCAGGAGAGGAUUGAUGGUUGGAAGGCAAGACUCCUCUCCAACGGGGCGAGACUUCUUCUUAUUAAGCAUGUCCUUGGCAGCAUUCCUAUCCAUUUACUCUCCAUUUUGCAAGUGCCAAAAUCGGUUAUAGUAUCUCUUAAUAGAUGCUUUGGAAAUUUCUUUUGGGGGAUGAAGGAAGGCAAACCAAAGAAACAUUGGAGAGCUUGGGAUGGGAGGUGUAAACCCGUGCAAGAAGGUGAAGCUGGGAUUCGUAACAUUGCUGAAACUCAGAAAGAACUACACAUGAAAUUCGCUUGGAAGAUUCUAACGGAGAAUUCCCAAUGGUCAAGGUUCUUCAAAGCAAAAUAUGUGAAGUAA